AACAACAUGGCAGCAACCACAGAACACGUUGAAAUCACGUCCACACAGGCAGAUCCUCCAAAAAUUGACAAUAUAGAAGCUCCAGAACCCAGCAGAGACCCAGACACCUCAGACUCAGAACAGGCGGACCCAGACCCGGAUCCAGAUGAGGACGAAGACGAGGACGGAGGCGAGCCGCCAGGGCCGAAAAUCCGAGACACCCCGGAGGACAUUCGGCUGGAGGCGAUCGCUAACACGGUUGCGCUCCAUCCGAGCAGGAACAUACUGGUGUGCGGGGACGUGGACGGGGACGUGUAUGCCUACUCCUACUCUUGUACGGAGGGGGAGAACCGGGAGCUGUGGUCGUCCGGACACCACAUGAAGUCCUGCCGGCAGGUGCGCUUCUCCGCGGACGGAUUGAAGCUCUACAGCGUCUCCAGAGACAGAGCCGUCCACAUGCUGGACGCGGAGCGAGGACAGCUCGUCACACGGAUCCGCGGGGCGCACGGGGCCCCCAUCAACAGCCUGCUACUGGUGGACGAAAACAUCCUGGCGACCGGAGACGACGGGGGUACCCUCAAGGUGUGGGAUAUGAGGAAGGGGACGGCCAUCAUGGAUCUGAAACACCAUGAGGAUUACAUCAGUGACAUCACUGUGGACCAGGCCAAGAGGAUCCUACUCACUGCCAGUGGUGAUGGUACCAUGGGCGUCUUCAACAUCAAGAGGCGGAGGUUCGAGCUGCUGUCUGAGUUCCAGAGUGGCGAUUUGACCUCGGUGGCGCUGAUGAAGCGGGGCAAGAAGGUGGUUUGCGGCUCCAGCGAGGGGACCAUCUACAUCUUCAACUGGAACGGCUUUGGUGCCACCAGCGAUCGCUUCGCCAUCAAGGCGGAGUCGGUGGAGUGCAUCAUCCCCAUCACCGACAGCAUCAUGUGCACCGCCUCCAUGGACGGGUACAUUCGAGCCGUCAACCUCCUUCCCAACCGGGUCAUCGGCUGCAUCGGACAGCACGUCGGCGAACCCAUUGAAGAGCUCGCCAAGUCCUGGGACUCCCGCUUCCUGGUCAGCAGCGCCCAUGACCAGCUCAUCAAGUUCUGGGACAUUUCCAGUUUACCCAACAUGACUGUCGACGAAUACCGCAAGAGGAAGAAGAAAGACGGCCGAAUGAAGUCUCUAACCAAGAAAGCCCACGGAGACAAUGACUUCUUCUCAGGACUUGUAGAGGAAACGGAAAAGAAGGAGGAUGAAGAGGCAGAGGAAGAGGAUGAUAGUGAUGACAGCGACAGUGGCAGCGAUUAAUAAGCAGUUGUACUUGGUUUCAUGUUUGAAGAGCGUUCUUACUGUGCCUUAAGUCUCAAAAAGUGAACGAACGUGGCUGCUGUCGGUUCUAGGCUUUCAUCCGAAGGGCCUCACAGUGUCCGUGGUGUGUCGAGCGUGGGUGGCAGACAUUAGCAGGUACUGAACACCUGAUCCUCACAGUGUUGGUGUCUCAUUUAAGAUACAACUUUAAAUGAGAAACAAACCAUCAUUGACGACUCUGUUCACAAGUGGGAAUGUCAGGAUGAGGUUUACGUCCGUGCAGACACACAUAUGUGGUGGGAUGAAUGUUCCAGAAGAGUUUAUAGUCUUUCCUUCACAAAUGUUCAUUCUGACUGAACCAAAUAAAAGAAGAAAUGAUUAGGCUAUAAAUAAUAUGAAAUAAUAUCUAUGGUUAGGAGGGUAUCAAACCUGUAUACUUUUUUGCUGCGGAACAAAUGUGUCCCUAACAGAAUAAUAAAAACUCAUA